CGUGUCUAAUAACAAUGACAGUAUGUGAGGGUCACAGGACAGUGGGUCAUUGAGAAACCAUAUGGUAGUACCAGGCACGCAAAAACGGCUGACCGAAAUACCGUCACACAGACAACAGGAACUCCCUAGCUACAGCGUGAUGUUCCGGUUCUGUGCAGCCCUUGUGUUAGCCGUCCUCCCUGCCACGGUGCUCGGUCUCUCGGCGGACGAGAUCGCCGCCUUCCAGGCCCGUACCCACACCGAGACCAACUCGGGGAAGCAGGGGACGGUGUCCAUCACCCAGGACGGCGACGCUCUGGUGCUGACGUCGAACGGGAUCCCAGACCACGCCACGGGGACGUACCCCGGUACAGGCAACCCGAACGAUCUCACAGAACAGAGUCACACAUUCCGUAUCCCAGUGACGCCCACCACGGCGUCCACCCCCGGUUGCCUGGGUAUGGGUCCUAUCGGCAUGGCCGUGAACGGCGUCCCUAUCUACAACCCCUUCAACCGCGAGUGCCAGGACGCUGUGGAGAACGAGGUGUUGGACGCCUGCGACGGACACCCCGCCGAACGGGGAGACUACCACUAUCACCACGAGGCGAACUGUCUCCCGGACAAUGCCAUGGGUGACUCGGGCGCUUCCGGCAUCGUGGGGGUGGCGUUUGACGGCAUCGCCAUCUACGGCCCGCGGAAGGAGGACGGAACCCUGUACGUGCACGACGACCUGGACGCCUGUCACGGCAUCACCGUCAACGGAACUUACAGGUACCACAUGACCUCGGACUUCCCCUACUUCAUUGGCUGUUACCAUGGAGAACUCCUGACCAAUAGCGGGGCGAAUACUAGAUGCGAGUGUGACGUGCAGCAGUACCUGGCGGGCGAGUCAUCCACAGUGACGUCAUCAGCAGUGACUCUGGCAGCGGCCACAGGGCUGGGACUUGUCUUGCGCCUGUUUUCUCCUUCAUUCCUUCCUUAG